AAGUUCUCUGGUCCGAGGCUUCUUCCCCGAGUUCAACAACAGUUGUGGCAACUCAUUAUACCUAGUUCAGUGUAAAAUUGUGCAAAGCAACGAGAGUAUAAGAAUUGAUGCUUGCUAUGGCUGUGCAGCAGCCGGUAGGCGCGACAAUUGUAACUGAACUUGCRAUCAAGAAGAAGCAUAUUAUAAACAAAGUGCGUGUAUUUUUAUUUAUUCACUUAUUAAUAAAUUUAAUACAAAAAUACAAUGCAAGACGGUGAUGAGCUUACCAAUAAWACAAAUUUAGUCUGUAAAGUUUGCGGGGAGCGCCAAUUUACAUUGCGAGAAGGUUUCUUUUACUGYCAAGAAUGUGGUACGAAACAGGAACAAGUGCGUGCCGUGGAAAUAGAGCAAGAUGAAGAUUUUUUAGAAGGGAAGCGACAGAAGAAGAUAAAACUACAAACACUCAAAGCAGAAAAACCAAAUCUCACAUCCUGGGAAUGCUAUAAUUAUAUACUGCGUGGACUUGUCAAUGAUCUGUUAUCAUUCGGCGCCAAAGAAGAGUUAAAAUUGAUGACACUUCAGCUGUGGGCAGCUUACCUGCGACGAAAUGAAGUGGCAUUUUUUAGUAGAAAACGUGUUGAGUUGCCGAAAUUAGGCGUACGAUAUUUGCAGAGAGAUGCAUCUGCUCUUUAUAACCAUGCACUACAACGUCGCACAAUCAAACGAAAACGUCGUAGAACUGACGAUUCGGGCACAUCCGUGGUAAGCAGUGAUUCGGUAAGCACGCGAGAAUUCCGCAAAAAUCGGCGAAAAUUAGAUGAGUCCUCUUACAGUCUGCAUUCAUCCAUGAAUUCCACCGAUGUAUCGCUAACUUCACGGUCUUCGGCGAAUACUUCCAGCACUGGGACAACAGGUCGUGCUAUAAAAUUACAAUUUUCGGCGCGUGCUCGAAAACAACUUAAAAAAAUGAUGCCAGCAAAGCACAUUGAAAAACACGCCUUAGAUUCGGAGGGAAAUUUGAAAUGUCACAAUGUAAAACCUCUGGCGAGAUCAAUGAGUCGUACAGAUCAUGCGCUACUCACAAUGAAUACACGACAAAUAUUUACCAUAUUAGCCAUAGCGCUGAAUUUGAUCGGUGAUGACAUACAAUUAUGCGAUUUGGUGCGCUUCAUAGACGAGGAGCACGUGAGCACAAAAAAUGUGCUACCGUACUUUCCAGAGAACAUCGCGCCACAUUGCAAGAAAAUGUUGCAAGAAAUUGAAUUUUAUAAAUUUCCUACGAAGUACACUGAUAAGGCUUUACGAGACCAUAUUGAGUUGCUUUCAAAAUUUAUAAAUAUAAAGUCGUACAAUCAGCCAGAUCUAAUAAAACUGACUGAACGUUAUGCAACUGAACUAAAUCUACCGUCGGAUAUAACAGCCUAUGUAGAGCGUUUGAUCAACUUACUGCCACCACAAAUGCGUACACGUGUCGAUUAUGUUUAUCCAGCAUAUGAAGCACGCGCUAUGGCUUAUAUAAUAUUGGUAUUCAAAUUGCUUUUUGGUCUCGAUGGGCAUACUGAGAAAUUAAUAUCGCAUGCCGCUAAAAAAACCAAUCGGUGCCUGCAGAAUCUAUCUGAAGAAGGGCGUAGCGUAAAUACCAGCAUCACACCACCGCCGCUACUAUUUGUAUGGGAGGAUUGGGUAGAGUUCAUCGAAAUGCGUAAGGUUAUAGUUUCGCAUUAUAACUCGAAUUUCUGUCGACAAUUCAAACAAUGUCAAAGCACUACACAACUGCUGGAGGAAAUGGAAGAGGAACAGCACACAAAAUUGGAACAAGCAGCGCUUACCGAUGAAGGUGCCACAGCGGAAAGUGAUUUCAAGGUCUCCACCAUGCAUCGCAUAUUCCAACAAUUUUUGGAUGAACUCAAUACCGCAAAUCCAACUGAACGUGGUGGAACGAUAGUAUUUCCACCCAGCCUAACACCAGCUCAUUCAUAUUUCAAGCGCAUUUUACUCUAUUGUUCCAAUGUUGGUGCGAACGCAGCCUUCAAGAUACCAGAAUUUAUGCGUGUCGAUCACAUGCAACGCACUGUAGCGCCAUAUGUGCACUCAAAGGACCUGAAGGAAUAUUUUAAGGCGCACAAAUGGCAGUUGAUGGUGCAGCGUUUGGCGUGCACUAAAGAACGCAACUACAUCGGCAUAUUUCGGCCAUCGAACGACAAUAAGGAUCGUGUUAAGCAUGAUAUUGGCAACAAGAAGGCUGAUUUCAAUAUAAGCGAAGAUAAGUGGCUGGCAUCCAUUGAGGAAGAGGAGCUCAUUGAGGAGCUGGAAUUCAAGACAGAAUAUGAUAACUAUGARAAGAGCUACGUGAAGAAGCUGCAGAUAGAUGCGCUAAAGCGACUGCAAGCUGUGCAAAUAGCAGCCGUCGGUAUACCUGCCGACAAUGUAGAAGCUGCCACAAUCAAUAAACAGGUGCCGCGUAUUGUUGAUGCUGAUCAUGAGGAUUCUAUACCCGAUCCCCCAGACGAAACGGUAGUGGCAAGCGAUGACCUCGACGUAUCUGCGUUGCAUUCAAUUAAUGCCUUUAGUGAAUGUGAUAUGGAACCGAUCAAAAAUUCAGAUGAGCCAUUAAUUUUGCAACCACGUAGAGGCCUCAAUCAAAUUCGUCUAUUCGAUGGUCUCAGCGACGACGAUGCCGACACGGUAGAUGCAAAUGAAAUCGACAGCAAUAAUGCUCCCAGUGCAGAAGAGCGCACAUGCACUUUCCUCACUACGAAUAUGGAUUGUUGGACGUUGUUGGGCUAUUCGCAUAACCUCAAUAGUUGUCAGAAAAAAAUUUUGCAAAACAAGUUUUCUCGCUCAUUUUUUUGGUUGCUCGAAACUUGCGCACAAUCCAUCAACCUCGAUUGGUGCAUAUUAUAUGAGGAGCUACUCACACUUGAGCUAAUGUUUGCAUACGGCAUUGAAGAUUUGGAAUAUUUUCAAGAUUGCAUACGAUUUAAGUACAAUAAUCCAAUCAAAGAUUUUAAUAUGAUGAUCAAUUCAUACAGAGAGCUGUGGUGAAAAAUAUUUGAGYUGGAGUUGGAGUUUGUGCGCAAACUUUUUCUGAUAAAAAUAGCAGUUAUUAUG